GUUGGCCUAAUGCCGGUACAUGAGUUAAUGUUGCGUAUGUGCCAACUAUGAACGAAUAGUAUACCACGUGGUGACGUGGAUGCUGCGCCAGCGCAGGGACGAGACGAGCUGUUGGACCGGCGGCACGAACAGUUGCACCAACACCGAAACGACCUUCCCCUUGCCGCUACGCAACUGGCAGCAACGACUCCCCCCUACUCGCCGGCCACCAGUAGUUCCCCAUCCCCUCACCCGCAACCCCACGUCCCAACCUGACUCGGAUACCCACGACCAUGCCGGCGGGCGAGCAGCAGGAGGGGGAAGCGCCGGCGCCGCCCGCCCACUUCUGGGGCGAGCACCCGGCCACGGAGGCGGAGUACUACGCGGCGCACGGCGCGGAGGGCGAGUCCUCCUACUUCAACACCACGCCCGACGACGGGGCGCGGCGGCUCUUCACGCGCGCGUGGAGGCCCCGUGCGCCCGUGCGGCCCAGGGCACUCGUCUUCAUGGUCCACGGCUACGGCAACGACAUCAGCUGGACGUUCCAGUCCACGGCCGUCUUCCUCGCGCGCUCGGGGUUCGCCUGCUUCGCCGCCGAUCUCCCGGGCCACGGUCGCUCCCACGGCCUCCGCGCCUUCGUCCCCGACCUCGAAGCCGCCGUCGCCGACCUCCUCGCCUUCUUCCGCGCCGUCAGGGCGCGGGAGGAGCACGCGGGCCUGCCCUGCUUCCUCUUCGGGGAGUCCAUGGGCGGGGCCAUCUGCCUGCUCAUCCACCUCCGCACGCCACCGGAGGAGUGGGCCGGCUCGGUUCUCGUCGCGCCCAUGUGUAGGAUCUCCGACCGGAUCCGCCCGCCGUGGCCGCUGCCGGAGAUCCUCACGUUCGUCGCGCGGUUCGCGCCCACGGCCGCAAUCGUGCCCACCGCCGACCUCAUCGAGAAGUCCGUCAAGGUGCCCGCCAAGCGCGUGCUUGCCGCGCGCAACCCCUUGCGAUACAACGGCCGGCCCAGACUCGGCACCGUCAUCGAGCUGCUACGGGCCACCGACGAGCUGGCCGUGCGCCUCGGCGAGGUCACUAUCCCGUUCCUCGUCGUGCACGGCAGCGCCGACGAGGUGACCGACCCCGACGUCAGCCGCGCCCUGUACGAGACCGCCGCCAGCAAGGACAAGACCAUCAAGAUAUACGACGGGAUGCUCCACUCCAUGCUCUUUGGGGAGCCUGACGAGAGCAUCGAGCGCGUCCGCGGCGACAUCCUCGCCUGGCUCAACGAGCGAUGCACGCCGCCGGCAUCUACCUGACACCAUAACAUAAUUAUUCAAGAAGCAUUCCACUCUGCUCAGAUUGCGAAGUGACCAACACACACCAGCAAUGGUUUCAUGUACAAUGAUUCUAUAUAUAUUUGAUGAAUUGCUCGGUCAGGUUUACUGGCUUUGAUAUACAAAAUGUAGUUGCCUGAUCAAUAAAAGAAUGCUGCAAUGCUUGGGGUCGAUGA